GUCUUGCCUGUUUCUCAAUCAGAUCUAUCACGGAACAAUGCGCGUUUCGCUACAGGAAGUUGUACUGAUGGUGAGACGCAAUCGCAGAACGAUGGGACCAGAGCUCAAUAGCAUGUAUGGAUGUGCUGUUGAGGCCCGGUUUGCUGAGGACCAACAAAGGCAGCGAAAGGUUGAUCUCUUGAACGUUGAAGGCAGCACUUGAGAUAUGAAAGAUGUAUUGUUUAGGCUAUUGACGCACCUACGAAGACACCUCGAACAGCCAAAUGCGGCACGAAUGAUGAGUACUCACUGUAGCAACGGAUGGUUUGGUAGCACGCGUGAUGCGUGAGCGGUGAAAAGAGAAAAGAGAGUAGCUAUUCCUGAUAAGACGCUCGAACCAAAACGACUGUGACAGUUGCGGUAUCUCAAAACAGUCUUUUGCGCGGGCACACUCUCUGGUAUUGUCGAAAAGUACUCUGAGGGCAAUCUUCACAUCUGUGUCCACCAACCCCUGACUACACUGCGAUCGUGUCAAGCUAAGGAAAGCAUCACUGACAUCAGCAAAAGAGGCAGAUGUCGGGUUUGCCUUAGCAGAUCAGGACAAACCCGGACCUUCCCGUCAAGUGGCUGUCAGUUGGACAAGACACUUGACGCGUUAUCAACAAGCUGGCGAUGUCAACGAAAUGCCUGUU